UCUCCAGCCGGGCGGCGCUCUCGCGAGAGCUGCUACGCGCACCCCGGAAGCGGCGGCAGCGGCGGCACCGAACCCGGAAGCGGCGGCGGGGCAGGAUGGACGACACGCUGUUCCAGCUGAAGUUCACAGCGAAGCAGCUGGAGAAACUCGCCAAAAAAGCCGAGAAGGACUCCAAGGCCGAGCAAGCCAAGGUCAAAAAGGCCCUUCAGCAGAAGAAUGUGGAGUGUGCCCGUGUCUAUGCGGAAAAUGCCAUCCGCAAGAAGAACGAGGGGCUCAACUGGCUCCGCAUGUCCUCCCGGGUGGAUGCGGUGGCCUCCAAGGUCCAGACAGCAGUGACCAUGAAGGGGGUGACAAAAAACAUGGCCCAGGUGACCAAGGCCUUGGACAAGGCUCUGAGCUCCAUGGACCUGCAGAAGGUGUCUGCGGUGAUGGAUAAAUUCGAGCAGCAGGUUCAGAAUCUGGAUGUUCACACAUCAGUCAUGGAGGACUCCAUGAGCUCUGCCACCACGCUGACCACGCCGCAGGAGCAGGUAGACAGCCUCAUCGUCCAGAUCGCGGAGGAGAACGGGCUGGAGAUCAUGGACCAGCUCAACCAGCUCCCCGAGGGGGCUUCCGCGGUGGGGGAGAGCUCGGUGCGCACCCAGGAAGACCAACUGUCUCGGAGGUUGGCUGCCUUGCGGAAUUAAGGUCUCCUGUCGCCCCUCUGGACUGCUGCCCCUGGUGGGAUGGUGUGUGGGGCGGAGGGGCCUGGGACUCCUUCCCCACAGCCACUGGCUAUCCCCUGCUCCAGCAGCACGUCCCCAGCCCUGCCUGCGCCUGGACACUCUGCUUUGGGGCUGUGAUGGUGAUGGCUUUUCCCAGAACAGGCAGCGAUCCUGGCAGGGGUUCCUGAGCAGAGGCAGCCUCUCCGGGCGGGAGGGAGGCUUCACUGGGUCUGAUUCCAGGGUGUUUUCCAUGGGAGGGCUGCUUCUGGUUUCUGGCAGUGUCUCACGGUGCAGUGUCACGCUCCUGGUUUAAAUCUAAAGGAAUCCUUCUGGAGGUGGGUCGCAGUGUGUUUUGGGGUGCUGCUUGCCUGACUCGCCUCUGUGUGCAGCACACUUGCUCUCCUCGGGGCCCACGGCAAGGAGCUGUUGACAAGGAGCAGGGAGAUCCCACAGCGCUGCCUUCCCCUCGCAGUGGUUUGGGAAGGGUGUUUUUCCCAGCUGUGGGGUUUCUGGGAAGGUCAGUGCCUUGCAGGAAGGGGAGGUUUCGCUGUGGCAUCUCUUCCCUUACAGUAACCUUCUCGAGCCAUAGCUGCGUGCCCUGUGUUGCAGGCUUCACCUUGCCAAUCGCCAGCUCCUUGUCGUGCCAGGCCAAUCCUCCCUGGAGCUCUGUACCACAAAGUGACCUUUGAAAUGCUCAUCCUGCCCUGCACAAGUAUGUGUGCAUGUGAAUCCACACUUCCCCAUCUCCACCCGCUCUGGUCUGGAAAUGGUUAUCCAGGCCCUGGCCUCCCAUGUGGAGCAAUCCCUGCUCAGCAGCUGGGAGCGGAUUGCAGCAGCUCCCAGCCCCAUGCUCGCAGCUCUGGUGGCCGCAGCCUCAUCCCCACACGUCCCCCAGCCGGAUGGGUGUGACGGUAAAUGCUAAACCAUCCCCAGAGCGUGUCUGCCUGCGCUGGCUGCGGCUCGUCCCCUGGGUGUCUGCUGCCGUUCCUCCUCUGCUGUCCCCUCCUCGCUGCUGCUGCCUGUCGAACACAGUACCGAGCUGGGUGAGAGGGGUCUGCCUCUCCUGGCCCCUCUCCUCUAUCUCCUCAUGGCAAGCGUGGCUCCUCCUCCCUUAGAGCCUUCUCCCUGCACCGAAGUGUUCUGUGCCCCUUCUCUGCAAAUCCGAGGCACCACGAGACGCUGGGCUGAUGCUGGGAAGGAAAUGCUGUUUCCUUUGGCUCUUGGGAGGACGGACUUUAACCUUCUUGCCGCGGGCUGUAAAUGGGGGCUGUGCAGCGGCCGGGACCUGUGUGGUGUGGGGCAGGCAGCUGGUCCCGCUGCAGUGGGGCAGCUCCGAUCCAUCGCUUCCAAAGGGGAUCUUAAGGCACCCUGCGAGGAGGGACGUGGGAGGGAGCAGCUCCCAGUGCCGCUGACGUUCCCAGGCACCCAGGCUGUGCGUGCAGACGUGGCGCAGGACUUGCUGCGGGCCAGGGGCUGUGUCGCAGCACUUCAGCUCAAACACUUCUCACUGUUUUGCUUAUUUAUUCUGAGUUCAGUGGCCUUGGCAGCGUGUGUCUAGUGACCGACAGAGCCUUCCUCUCCACCCCGUGCUGUGGUGGGGCAAAGGGAGGUGGCCCCGGAGGUGGCUUUGGGCUCCAAAGUCACUUGUGCAUGGUGGAGCAUUGGAUCUUGUGCCACCUCCCGAUGGGGUGGGCACAAAGCAGAGCUGUCCACCUGCACAGGGGAUACCCGUGGGCCCAGGGAGCCCCUGCCCUGCUCCCUCUGUCAGUGUGAUGUUUCUCUGUGCUUUCAUUGGUGUGUUUUGUUGGGUUUGGUUUUUUUAAGCUUGUCUCAUUUGCCUCCUUUCUCCAAACCCCUGUUGAUUCCCUUCUGCUCUUUCAAAUAAACAACCCCUGAUGAUCCAU